AUGAGAAACAUAUCAAAGCCCAACUGUCCAUCCAAGUGCGGAGAUGUUACGGUUCCUUACCCUUUUGGAAUUGGCAAUGACACAGGUUGUUCCAUAGAUGACACAUUCAACUUGAUUUGUGACACGCUGGAACAACCCCCUAAGUUAUUCUUAUAUUCAAGCACAAGCAACAUUGAAAUAUACAACAUUUCGGAUUCAGAGUUGCGCAUUAAUACUGGAGUUAGCUAUAAAUGCUACGCGAAUAAUGGAACUGUAAUUGAUGAAUAUAAUGAUUGGACUAACUUGGCGUACGAGGGAUUCACUUUCUCGGAGAAGAAUAUGUUCACAGCCUUUGGGUGUGAUGAUAUUGCUUUUAUUGACUGGGUAGGCGACAACUAUUUCAGCGGAUGUUCUGCAAAUUGCAAUGGACCAGUGAAUGUAUCGGAUGGGCGUUGCUCUGCUGGGAAAGGCUGUUGUCAGACACCUAUACGAAAAGGUCUCAAAUAUUACCAUGUUACACUCGACUCGUUAGGGAACCACAGGGAUAUUUGGUCCAUCAAUGACUGUGGCUAUGCGUUCCUUGGUGACGUAGGCUCUUUUAAGUUUCUUGGUGCCAGUGAUUUAUCUAGUACUUCAGGCUUAGCGAAGAGGGUUGAGGCGAGUGUUCAAGUUGUGAUCGAUUGGGUUAUCAGACGCGACCAAAGUUGCACUCAGGCUACGGAAUGCAAAGACAAUAGUCAGUGCUAUGAUGUAGAUGGUGGAGGCUAUCGAUGUAAAUGCAACAAAGGUUAUGAGGGUAACCCGUAUCUUGAUCCAGGCUGCCAAAACAUCAACGAGUGUGAGGAUUCAGGAACAUACCCUUGUUAUGGUAUCUGCUAUGAUACUCUAGGGAGUUACAUUUGUACAUGUCCACCAGGAUCCGUUGGGGAUGCAAAAACACAAAAUGGUUGUCAAGUUGUUGAUCGUCAAGCUAAAUUUUCCAAGAUUUUUUGGACCAUAUUAGCUCUAGGUGUUUUCUUGGGCACUGGGAUAUUAGUUUUAGCAAUUUGGAUGAGCAAAGUGGUCAAAAGGAGGAAAGACAAGAAACAGAGAGAGAAGUUCUUCAAAAGAAACGGUGGAUUGUUGUUGCAACAACAAACAUCAAAUGGUGGAGAUGCAAUUGAGAAAACAAGAAUGUUCAGUGCAAGAGAGUUAGCGAAAGCCACCGAUCAAUACAACAGUAAUAGAAUAGUUGGACGUGGAGGGCAAGGAACAAUAUACAAAGGGAUGUUACCAAAUGGAAAUAUAGUAGCAGUAAAGAAGUCUGUGUUGGUAGAUGAAACUCAAGUUGAGUCUUUUAUCAAUGAGGUAUUUUUACUUUCCCAAAUUAGCCACAAGAAUGUGGUAAAGCUAAUAGGGUGUUGUUUAGAAACCGAAGUCCCAGUUCUCGUAUAUGAAUUUGUCUCAAAUGGUGAUCUCUUCCAAUUCAUACACGAUGAGAAUUACGAGUUCCCUACUUUGUGGAGUAUUAGGGUAACGAUUGCUACCGAGGUUGCUGGAGCUCUUGCCUAUAUGCAUUCGGCAACUUCCAUUCCUAUAUAUCAUCGAGACAUAAAAUCUUCAAACAUACUUUUGGAUGAAAAAUUUAGAGCAAAACUAUCGGAUUUUGGAAUAUCAAAGUCGGUCAUGGGGGAUCAAACCCACUUAAGCACCUUAGUCAAAGGGACUUAUGGGUACCUGGAUCCUGAGUACUUUCAAUCAAACCAAUUCACAGAAAAAAGCGACGUUUAUAGCUUUGGGAUUGUUCUGGUUGAGCUGUUAACCGGAAAGAAGCCUAUAUAUUCGAUAGGCCCAGGGGAAUCGAGAAGCUUGGCAACAUUGAUUUUGUCAAUGGAAGAUGGGUUUAUAUUGGAAAACAUUGACGAUAGAGUGUCUGAUGGUCCAAAAGAGCAGCUCAUAGCAGUUGCUAAGGUUGCAAAAAGAUGCUUAAAUUUGAAUGGUAAACUACGGCCAACUAUGAAAGAAGUUGCUAUUGAUUUGGAGGGAAUAAGAUCAUCAAGUCCUUAAAAUCGAUCAGUUGUAUACUUUUAUAUUUUUAUAUUUUGCAUCAUUGGUAUUUCGUGGAAUAUGUUAUAUUGAAACUUUUUUGUAAUUUAUCUCGUUACACGGAUCCAUGUUUGAUGACAAUUCAAGUAAAAGAUAAACGAUUUACAGCUACAACAAAACGACGACCACUACAUUCAAGAAAUGCUGGCACAUAUUUACAUUAA